CAUGUAAAUUAUCACCAAUGGGUGAACGAAAACAAAUACCAACCAAAAGCUCUUACGCUAAUACUCCGUUAAUUAAGAGACAAUCAAGUUUCGGUGGCAGAUCAAGAGAGGCUAAUGUGAGUGGUGGUAAAUCUAAAAUUGAUCAACCACAUUCGGUUCAAUUGUUAAUCGAUCGUGGAUACGAAGUGUUGGACAAAGUUGGAAUCGGUAACUAUUCAACUGUUUUUCGAGUUCGAUCAACCACCAAAAGAGAAAUGGCCGUAAAAAUAAUCGAAAUGGAAAAGGUUUCUAAGAAUUACAAGUUUCGAUUUCUACCAAGAGAAUUGGAAAUUAUUGCUAAAUUAAAACACGAAAAUAUAAUUAAGGUUUAUGCUAUUCAAACGACGCAUCGUUAUUGUUAUAUUUUCAUGGAAUUUGCUCCGAACGGAACUUUGGGUGAUUUUAUUCGCAGAAACGGAGCGAUACCCGAAUGGAUGGCGAAACCUCUCAUGUUACAAAUCGCAAAUGCCUUACACUAUCUCCAUGCAUCUGGAAUCGCUCAUCGAGAUGUUAAAUUAGAAAACAUUAUGUUGGAUAAAUUUCAGAAUCCAAAGUUGACUGAUUUCUCUUAUUCUCUGGUUUGUCUUCGUGACCCAACAACCGGAAAUUUCGCGAUUAACAAAACCUUUUGUGGUUCAUUACCUUAUAUGCCACCGGAGAUUUUAAAAACUCCUUAUGACCCAAAAGCUUCGGACAUUUGGUCUCUUGGUGUUUGUUUGUUCAUCAUUCUAAAUGACCGAGUACCUUUUCGAUUCAAUGAUAUUAUGGCCAUGGUUAAAUCGCAACUUGCCCGUGAAUGGGCUUUCAAGGGUCACAUUAAAGAGGCCACUUCCGAAGAAUGCAAAGACUUGGUUAAUCGUAUGUUAGACCCAAACCAGGCCACUCGAAUCACCGCCAUUCAGAUCACUGAACAUCCCUGGUUCCAAAAAUCCCCACCGUCGACUCCAACCACCGCUUCAUUGACCAAAUCAAAACCAGCAACGGGAAGUGAAGGAGGUGUUAAUCCAACCAAAUCAUCUAAUCAAACUUAACCCCACUGGCAAUUAACUGUUAACAUCAAUAAUUUAAUCUGCUCUCAACAGCUAAUCAACUUUUUUUGAAGCCUUGUUAGUGAAACAACUAAAACAAAAUCAAAAUUGAUUUGAUGAUUUUUGCUCUUGUUAAAAAGCGCUAAAAAAACUGCGAUGAAAGCGAUUUAAUCAACAGAUUUAAUGAUUAACUAUAAUGAUUAGUGAUGAAUUUAUUUUAACGUGUUGAUUAUCACCAGAAUUAUCAUCAACCUUUCAUCUUGUUGUAUUUUCAUGAAAUUUCAGGGUUUGGCUUUUAUCAAGACAAAAAUUCUUGUCAUCAUUUUAAUCUUCAAGAAAAUCGCUCAUCAUCAUCAUCAUCUAAUUGUAUUUAUCAAUUUAAAAAAGUUCUUAUCAACCAAAUGAAUGUGUUAAUACACAGAAAAGUUGAAUGUGUGUACCUGUAAUUAAGUUCGUGGUGUGUAAUUGAUGUGAUACAAGAAUCAAACAAAAAUCUAAUCCAUUGCGUGAUCAAUUCAACUAAUCGGAUAAUCAUUUUAACUCCAAUCUAAUCCAUCAACAAACUGGUCAAAGAAAAGGAGAAACUGAUUUUAAUGAUGAUUAUUAUAUUAAUAUCAUAUUA